AUGGAAACAAUUAAAGUUCCAGUUCGUUCUAUUAGCCAUAUUAAAGGCAAAAAUUCCUCUAAAAUAAACGAGAUUGAAAGACGCUCCAAUGCUAAAUGCACUAUCAAAGAAAAUAGUAUUAUAGAAGUGGAAGGCACAAAUGAGGCUAGAAAGAUUGCCCUUAACUUGAUCAAAGAUUGUGUUUGGAACAGUAUUGCAGUUUAUAAUCACCCAUUUGAAGCUAUCAUCGCACUUCAAUCACCAUUGACCAGAUUCAAUACUGUAUUAUUUUCAAAAUAUGAAGGUAUCGUUGAUAAGAGUAAUAUAAACAAGUCGUACUUCAUUUUAGAUAAAGGAAAAGAAAUGAGCGAAGAUGAUCAACUAUCUUUAUUAUUUGGAAAUCUUAAUAUUGAGCAGGCCAAAGAUAUCAUCGCACCUGAAAAAGAUAGAUUUUCGGUAGAUUUCAUUACCAAACGGAUAAUAGAACAAACCAUCAAGCAAGGUAGCAAGUCUUUUGGCUUCAAAGUUAGAGUAAAUAUCGGCAAGCAACUCUUUUAUCCUGCAAAUAGAGAGGUUUUGGAACUUCCAGAAUCGAUUCCUCUCCACGAACUUCUUAAAUAUGAGAUCGGUUAUAAAAAAGAUGCUAAAACUACUUUUAUGAAUCAUAUUUCCUUGGAAGUAGCAAAGAUUAUUGAAAAUCGCCUAGUUGAAUUGGAAUAUCAAAAAAGUUCUGAAAUUAUUCAGAGAGCAUCCAUUCAUUUAAUUGAUAAUCAAUCUGAGAAGCGUUUUAUUGUUUCUACAAAUAUUACAUCAGAUGGUAAAUUAAUACUUCGAAAAUUUAACGCUGAAACCAAUAAAAUCCUUUUCUACUCCUUUGCUGGUCCAAAAUCUACCUUGGAUUUUCGGUUCAAAAUUCUUUCUCAAGAACCACCCAUAACAAAUUUACCUCCUGAACUAGAUAAUUCUAUAAAAAUUGCUACUUACAAUCUUGAAACAAAAAUUCUCAUUUUAGAAGAUACCUCUAAUUACCUCUUCACAAUUUCACGUAUCAAGAUUAAACGUAUUUUUAUUAAGUGCAAAGAUAAAUUUUCGAAUGGUAAAAUUAAAGUAUCAAUUUCUGAGGUAUAUGAAGAUGGAAUAAAAGAUGUACAAGUAACUAUAAUUAGCGAAGCAUUACAAAAGGUUAUUGAAAAGAUGGGUCAAACUAAUAUGAUAGAUGAAAAUUUGAGAUUAGAAUGUGAAGAAGAAAUAGAGAAGUUUGUUAAUGAAGUGAAAUCUAUUGUGAAUGAAUUGAACUAUGACACAAAUGGUCAAUAUGGUCAAAAUUAA